CUCGCGCAACCACCACCCACCACCCCCCUCGCCGCCUAGUCCCUCUCUCUCUCUCUCUCUCUCUCUCUCUCUCUUGCGGUGGCGGCGGCGACGACGAGCGGCGCCAUGUCGUCGCCAUCCACCUCCACCUCCACGGCGUCGUUGCUACUCGCCAGCGGGAGGCUCCCGCGGCUCCGGUUCCAGUCCCUCCGCGCCCCCACCAAGCCCCCCUUCCCCUUCCCCCACCUCCUCCUCCCCUUCCGCGCCUCCUCCCGCCGCUGCGUCCCCUGCCCCGCCGCGAGGUCCCGCCGGCCCGCCCCCUCCGCGCUGCCCCUGGGGGUCACGCCUCCGCCGGGGGUGGAGGUGGAGGGCGUCGAGGGGGCGGCUGCGGUGAGGAGGGUCGUGGUGGCGCUGGCGUGCGGCGCGCUUGCUGCGGCGUGGUGCCACCGGGCGCUCGCGGUAGCGGGCACGGGAGCCGCGGGGGCGUCUGGGGCGGUGGAGGCGGCUGCUGGGUUUGGAGGGAUGGCGCUGCGUGGGGGCUGGCCGAGGGUGCUGCAGAUUCUGCAGCUGCUCAGAGAGCAGGGGAUUGUUCUCGCCGUGUUGCUUGGCCUUUCGGCCUUUUUCUCGAUGGCUGAGACUUCCAUCACCACGCUGUGGCCUUGGAAGGUUCGUGAGCUGGCUGAAAAGGAACCUGAGAAUGGCGUUUUCAGAAUGCUCCGAAGUGAUGUUACUCGCUUCCUGACGACCAUUCUUAUUGGCACAACUGUGGUCAACAUUGGCGCAACGGCAAUUGUUACUGAGGCAGCAACAGCAAUGUUUGGUGAAGCAGGCGUCAGUGCUGCAACAGGUGUCAUGACUGUUGCCAUCUUACUUCUUACAGAAAUCACACCCAAAAGUGUUGCAGUUCAUAAUGCUACAGAGGUUGCUAGGUUUGUUGUAAGACCAGUUGCAUGGCUUUCAUUGAUCCUGUAUCCGGUUGGGCGAAUUGUCACAUUUUUGUCUAUGGGAAUGCUCAAGAUUCUAGGCCUGAAAGGAAGAAGUGAACCAUAUGUUACUGAGGAUGAACUAAAGUUAAUGUUACGAGGUGCAGAGUUGAGUGGCGCGAUUGCAGAAGACGAACAGGAUAUGAUCGAGAAUGUACUAGAGAUUAAAGAUACACACGUCAGGGAGGUAAUGACACCUCUGGUGGAUGUAGUUGCAAUUGAUGCUACCGCAACUCUGAUUGAUUUCAAAAACUUAUGGGAAACUCAUCAAUACUCUAGAGUUCCAGUGUUUGAGGAACGCAUAGAUAAUAUUGUUGGAAUUGCUUACGCCAUGGAUAUGCUUGAGUAUGUUGAAGAGGUUGAGAAGUUGAAGGAGAUUACUGUGAAGGAAAUUGCACAUAUGCCCACAUACUUUGUUCCAGAUUCAAUGUCAGUUUGGAACUUGCUAAGAGAGUUUCGCAUAAGGCAGGUUCAUAUGGCAGUGGUCCUCAAUGAAUAUGGCGGGACUAUUGGUAUUGUAACAUUAGAAGAUGUUGUGGAAGAAAUAGUUGGAGAGAUCUUCGAUGAGAAUGAUUCAAAGGAGGAAAUCCAGAAGAAAACUGGUUAUAUAGUGAUGCGGGAUGAUGGAACAUUUGAUGUUGAUGCAAAUACAUCAAUAGAUCACCUAUCUGAAGAACUUGGUGUUAAAAUACCGGAGGGUCAUCAGUAUGAGACGGUGUCUGGUUUUGUCUGUGAAUCCUUUGGCUAUAUACCAGAAGAAGGUGGGAAGAUGCUAGUUAUACUCGAAAAGGAUAACAGGGAAGAGAAUGAUGAAUAUAAGGAAGAAGGAUCUGAUCACCAAGAUGAUAGAGAAAGAACUCAGGCUUAUGAACUUGAGAUACUAGAAGCUAAUGCAAGAAAGGUUGGGAAAGUUCGUUUCAAGCCAAUUAGCAGUGAAUGUGUAGGUGUUGACAGCAAGGGUGUUAACAGGAUGGUUUCGAAAAAGAUCAUCAAACGGAAGAAACAGAACCCUGGUGAUUCUUCCGAUAGUGAUAAUGAAGAAGAAGAAGAGUGUGCUGAUAUAUCAGAAAAUGGUUGCCCUGCAGAGCUACUCCACUACUCAGACGAUAACAGUGCCCAAUUGGAAGAUGCCGGAAAUUCAACGGCGACAAGGUGACAGGAAAACAACCAGCACAAUCUUACUACUG